CUCAGCAAUCUCUCCUGAUAAAAUUGGCACAGAGAAGUAAAAAUUUCUCGCUGAAGUGAGGUGAGCAACAAGCUCAAAUCCCAGCCUCUAGGCACAGAUGACUGGCCCAUGUUCUUUUAGCGCGGGGCUGUCAAGUCAUUAGUGAGCGGACCAACUCCCCUACCUCGAGCAAGGUGUGCAUUUCAUUUGCGGGGCAUUUGCAGGAUUGGUUUUGUGAGAGAUACUGUGCUGGAGACACAAUGGAAUAAUUCAUUUGAUUCCCCGCCCCUGCCCAACCCGCAACUUUUGCUUGGACCUUACCCUCCUUGGCCUGAUUUCGAGAAACCUAUCCCGGUUCCAAUGGCAGACCCCAUCUCAAUUGCUUCCGGUAUCAUCACCCUAGCAGGGUUUGCUUUUAACUCAAGCAAAUCACUGUACCAGGCGGUUGAGAGCUUUCGCAGCACUAAAAGGGCAGUUCGGGAGCUGAAGGAGGAGCUGGAGGCUCUUGAUAGGAUUUUACAGUCCCUUCAAGAAGCAGUCGUGACCUAUGGGGAUGAACUCGCUGGGCUCAGUCUCCCACUGCUUCGCUGCGGCAAAGCUUGCAAGGAAUUCGAAGAUGUGAUCAACAAAUGCGUGACGCAUUCGGCGGGUUCAAAGACCAGCUUCCGAGAUUGGGCAAAGUUGACAUACAUGGGAGAAGACAUCGAGCGAUUUAGAUGGAUGUUGGCAGGAUACAAAUCUACGAUUAAUAUUGCAAUCGCGGAUGCGACUUUUCGCAGAUCAAAAUAUACUGCCGCCUUCCUUAUUGAGUAUAAAGAUAUGAUAGCAAACACGACCUCUGAUCUUGAGGAUCAUCUUCAGGACAUUGAAAACAAGCUUGACUCAUUUAUUCCCAAGGGAGCCAAGAUGGAGCAUGAAGAUAGUGUGCAGUGGAGCCGAAUCCAAGAGGAAAGGAAUAGUACUCAACAGUGUCUCCAAAUCUGCACAGACGCCCUUGAGCACAUAGACAAACUCAAGCCCAAAAUUUUGACUGAAAACCCCACGGCCUUCAUUCCACCCUUGGGGAUUGAUACAAUUGGCAAUUUCAAUUCUGGUUCGUCCAAAUACGUCAUCAACUGCAUCCUCCAGGAGUACAAGCAGAAACUUUUGACCGCAUCUUCAGAUCUCGAGAAACACGCUGAAAGACUGAAGGCCAGACUGGAAGCGAUGUCGCAGACAGUCAAGGUGGAGGAAACAGCGGAGUGGGAGCAAAUUCAGGAAGAAAGAAAUAGCCUCAGACAGUGUCUGGCCAUUUGCGCAGAGGCGGCUGAGCAAGCGAAAAAGGCGCACUCCAACGAAUUCGAAGAUGUUCUCUCGGCCGAUGAUGCUCAUCAAGUCAUUGUCUCAACGGUGGGAGAGCUCAUCUCGGCGAAGCGUAUCACAACCGGAUCUAGGUCAGCACAGUGGCUGGGGCAAAUGUCGGAUGAAACUCUUCAACAACUCUCCCGGGAUCACAUCCGUGGCUCUGAAGGCCCUGUGAGAGCUGAGAGGGGGCUGGACAUUAGGUUUGAUCAGUAUGGCCGGGGCCAUCAGCUGCGAGGAAAACCUUCUACGGUUCGCUCGGAUUCCCCUGCUCAGCCUCUAUGAAUUUUAAGGCAGCCAGAGGGAUCACUAAGCAAUGCAAGGUCCGAUUAUUUAAUUGG